AUGGACAAGAACCACUUUCCCUUUUCAAGCCGGAAUCAGAGUCUGUUUCCCCUAUCAGCCAAGCCUUUCACGCAUGCAAAGACCGAAGCAUUCGUGAAGGCCAACACAAUGGCGUCCUACAACGGCAAGACCCUCCCACAAAGCUUCACGCCCUCCAUCGACAUGAGUGGUGUCAAGUUCUUCGGCCCGCUGGACGAGGUCGACAACAAGAACCACCCAGGAGCGCCUUCGGCCGUUGACAAGAGCCGGCGUGCUACAAAGGAGAGAAUCGAGGAAGCGCGCCAGAAGACGGCACUGCGGAAGGCUCGAGAGGACAGAUUUGCGCAAGUCGAGGCGGAAAACAAAGAGUUCUUCGCUUGCAAGAAGCAAGAGGAAGAUGAUCGUCAAGCUCGACUGCAAGCUCUCAAGGCCGCAAGAAAGGCUCUAGGCAGAGCGGCGCUGCCAGCAAUCAGGGCUCCCCGCAAGAGAAAGCGCAACGCUUCCGACGACGACUCGGUGGCAGCCGCUGGUCGCAGACUGUCGAGUUCCGGAUCCAGCAACGCUUCGUCGACUCUCGUUAACAAUGACAACAAUGGAAACGGAAUGUUUGUGGACGUUGAUGCCACUGGUGGCACGCGGAUAUUCCAUGGCAAAGCGCGGUAUCACCCAAUGGUCAUUGACUCGGACGAUGAAGAAGCCCUGCUCCGAAGCUCAAAGCGUCGUCGUUCCAGCAACGACAGUUCGUCAGAAGAACCUCUUGGAGAGAAGGCAAUCGAAGGCUACAAGAGCAAUUCGACCGUUAGUCGCAACGACAGCCAACGAGCCAAACGCAAGCUAGACGAUCGUGAUGAUAACGACGCCGACCCGCCUAAUGACGAGCAAUUGAUUCAGAAGCGCCGAAAGUACCAGCAUGUGCGUCGAGAGUCGGACAAGGAGAACAUGCCUACGAAGCGGACCAGCUAG